GUUUUCUUUCCAAUGUUAUAAACAUGUCCUCUGUUCUCCUAGUCUGCAAGCAAGGCUUGGUAGAAGCGACCAUACUUUGCUAUAGUCAAGAGAAACGAGGAGCUAGAGCAAUUCAUUAUCAGUUUAGCAUCAACCAGUGUAAAACUUCGGAAGCCCAUUGAUUGUGUUGCGGCGAACUGAUGGACGAGCAAGCCCGAAUCAUGCAGACUCUCGGCGGUGUCACUCUGGCUGGCCACACGGUACAGGGGGGCAUGGCAGUUCCGCCUCCACAUGGACACGAUGGCUCCGACGGGGACGGAAGGAAGCAAGACAUCGGCGACAUUCUCCAUCAAAUCAUGACCAUAACAGACCAAAGUCUGGACGAGGCGCAGGCAAAAAAGCAUGGCCUGAACUGCCACAGAAUGAAGCCUGCCCUCUUCAGUGUGCUGUGCGAGAUCAAGGAGAAAACAGGUCUGAGUAUUCGAGGGGCUCAGGAGGAGGACCCUCCCGAUCCCCAGCUCAUGCGUCUGGACAAUAUGCUGCUGGCGGAGGGGGUGGCUGGCCCGGAGAAAGGCGGGGGAUCAGCCGCUGUGGCAGCAGCUGCAACAGCAUCGGGAAGCCCUACUGACAACUCCAUUGAACACUCAGACUACCGGGCCAAACUCUCACAAAUCAGACAAAUCUACCACACAGAACUGGAGAAGUACGAACAGGCAUGUAACGAAUUCACAACCCAUGUGAUGAACCUGCUGCGGGAGCAGUCACGUACACGGCCCAUCUCACCCAAAGAGAUUGAGCGCAUGGUCAGCAUCAUCCAUCGCAAGUUCAGUUCCAUCCAGAUGCAGCUCAAACAAAGCACCUGUGAAGCUGUCAUGAUCCUGAGGUCUCGCUUCCUUGAUGCCAGACGAAAAAGACGUAAUUUCAGCAAACAAGCCACAGAGAUCUUGAAUGAGUACUUCUACUCCCACCUCAGCAACCCCUACCCCAGUGAAGAAGCCAAAGAGGAACUGGCUAAAAAGUGCAGCAUUACAGUAUCCCAGGGGGUGGGAAGCACCAUCACAGUGGCACAGGUAUCUAACUGGUUUGGCAACAAGAGGAUCCGUUACAAGAAGAACAUCGGCAAAUUCCAAGAGGAGGCCAAUCUGUAUGCUGCCAAAACCGCUGUGAACGCAGCGCAUGCCGUGGCUGCUGCCGUGCAGAACAGUCAGACCAACUCCCCGACUACACCCAAUUCUGGAUUCCAGAUGAAAGAUGAAGAAUUUCAGCUGGAUUCUGCAGAGAACAAAAACACUCUUUUAACCAGCAUGUUUACUGGUUCGUCAGGUUCUUUUAACCUCCCAAACUCAGGGGACAUGUUCAUGAGCAUGCAGAAUCCGAAUGGGGAUUCUUACCAAGGGGCACAAGUCGGAGCCAAUGUGCAGUCACAGGUGGAUACCCUGCGCCAUGUUAUCAGUCAGACGGCAGGAUACAAUGAUGAUCUGGGGGGCAACUCCAUGUACAGUCCACAUGGCUUAGAUGUCAACCAAGGAAAACAGGAGUUAAUGACCGAAACAGUGUGAGAGCUGUGAAAAAACCCCAAAACAACAGUCAGAGACAUCACCAAUAACCUCCACAGGGCAGGGGUGAAGCUAUCACAAUCCACCAUUCGAAGAAGACUUCAAGAGCAGAAAUAUGCCAUACCACAAGAUGCAAACCAUUCAUCAGCAGUAAGAGUCAGAGCCACAAAGUUUCUGGAACCAAGAUUAACCUCUACCACAGUAAUGGAAAGGCCAAAGUCUUAAGAAAGAAAGGAUCUGCUAAUGAUCCAAAGCAUACAAGCUCUUCGGUCAAGCGUGUUGGAGGAAGUGUCAUGGUUUGGGCUUGCAUGGCUGCUUGUGGAACAGUCUCACUAAUGUUUAUUAAUGAUGUAACUCAUGAUCGUAGGAGCAGAAUGAUUUCAGAAGUCUACAGAAAAAUUCUGUCUCCCAAAUUACAGAGAAAUGCAUUUUAAUUGGGAGGAACUUCAUCGUGCAGCAAGACAAUGGCCUAAAACACACUGCCAACACAACAGGGGGAAAAAGUGGAAGGUUUAGACUGGCCAAGUCAAUCACCAGACCUUAACCCAACUGAGUAUGCAUUUCACCCCCUGAAGAGGAGACUGAAGGGAGAAAUCCCCUAAAACAAACAACAGUUGAAAUAAGCUGCAGUACAAGCAUGUAAAAGCAUCAAAAAAGAAUAAUGCAACAGUUUGGUGAUGUCAGUGGGUUCCCCGGUAUGAUGCAGUUAUUCCAAGCAAGGCAUAUGCAACCACAUAUUAAGUGUUAUUUACUUGUUAUUUACUAUAAGACUGUCUGUUCCAAAUUUUUUGCUCACCUAAAAAUUGGGUGGUCUGCCACCAAAGGUACCAUGCUCUAAGUUAUUUCACACAUCUGGAUGUAAAUAUCAGGAAAUAAAAACUGAAAUUCUGAUCUAUCAUCACACAUUAAUCUUUUGAUCUCAAACCCAAAUGUCUUCAGUGUAUAGCAAAACCAAAAGAAUUGGCCUUGCUAUUCCAAUACUUUCAGAAGGGACUGUAAUAAUAAAUAUAACGAAUGUAAGGACUUCUUAAUGCACAGCAUGUAGUUUCAAUGCAGUGAUUUAUUUGUGUACCCAGUAUUAAAAUCUUGUCUGGAUAAACAUUCUGAUGUACCAGUGAUGAAGCAAGUGUAUUAAAAUACAACUUUUGUGACUGCGUUUAGAUUUAGCUCUAGGUACAGCAUUUAAGUAUGUUAAAGCCUUUUGUAAAAGCACCAUAAUCAUAUUAAAACAACUAUAUGUCCAUAUUUGUAUAUUUCUCCAUGUGUGUGAUCUUGUUUAUAACUAAAUAAUUCUACAGAUGAACCAGAAGGUGUCAGUGUAAACUUCAGCAGAAAGGGCCAAAUAAAGCAUCUCUCAAAUGCCCAAAAAACAUUGAUCACACUGAUGUACUAAAGGUUUGCCUGUUUAAAAAAAGCAAUUUACUAACAGAGUCUACAGAGGAUUACAUCAUCAUUCACAUGAGCAAAGUAACCUGUCUUACCCUUUUUGGGUGUUUAGCUUAAUGAAUAUGCAAUCUGGGGCGUUUCUGCUUGUUUCUUUUGCCUAAAAAUGUAAAAUACAGAGCAGUGUCAUUAUAAAUCAAUUAAUAUUGCACCUGCAAUGAAAUUUACUAAGCCUGAAAGUCACUUUGGGAAUAGCAAUUGUAUGUGAAAUAUGUCUGUGGUGCAACCGUGGAUUUUUAUUUAUUUAUUUUUUUGCAGAAUGCUAUUUCUGAGAGUUAGACAAAAUUGUUUUAUUUACUAAGUGUUAAUAAUGAGAAAGUUUAAUUAAGUUAUGCAUAGUAAAAUAAUCAGAAAAAUUUUCAAAAUGUUUAAUUAAUAACUGCAGUCAAGUUUCCUAGGUUUCCAAAGGAUUGAUGCCAACAGAAUCAAAAUUUGAGAGCCUAUGAAAAGGUUUUCAUUCGCAUUUUUCCUUAUUACCAUAAUGCACAAUCAUGUCUACUUGCUUUUAUUCAUUUAUUCUUUCUUUUUUUGUUUUUUUUUUCCAAAUUUUUUUCACUGUCUCACUGCCUUUAGUCAGAUACUUGUUUCAGGUUCACUUGAAAUCUGAACUCUGACAUUAAUAAAUCAGGGCCACAAAGCUAAUAAUACAUUUUGUCAUAAACCCAAACAGCAUUAUUCUUAAUAAAAAAGGAAAUAUAUAAUGAAAUUCAGACAGAUAUUUACAACUUGUCUGUUUUCUGUGGUGUCUCUUAUCUCUCAUCUCUUGCAUCUUCAUUUUCACUUAACAUGUGUUAAAUGUAAGGCAAUGGCAUACUAAAAAAAAGUUAAAGGCACAUUAAAGGCAGACAGUGACUGCACUACUUUAAUAAAUGUUUCUAUUAAACCCGAGGCUCUAAUCAUUCUUAUUUCACUGAUCUAAUCUUAUUUCACUGAGCUUUAUUUUCUUUGAUUUAUUUUAACUGCACAAUAAAUAAAUAUUAUGGCUUAAUUUGUGGAAGAAUAUUUUUUGGCACUGAAUUUUGGUUGAUAUAAAAUGCAUUGUAAGGAGAUUUACUCAACAUUCAUUGCAGAAAAAGACUUCCCUGUUCAGCAUGCCACAUUCAGGAAAACAAAUGAAGCCUAUGAAUGCAGAACAAAAAAAUUAAAUAAAUAAACAACAGCUUUAAGGAGUUCAGAAUCCACAACUAGUUACCAUUGCAGGUAGUAAAAACAAGACUUAAAAAUCCUCACUGUUCUCUUUGGUUUCUAAUUCAUAGCCCACCAGCAAACCUUGCACCUCUGUUUGACAUCCUAAAACAAAACAUUUACAAGACUUUCAGUGAUUUUAGUGUUCUCUCACUAGUGUUGGGUUGAUGAGUGUUCUUGUGUAAAAUAGACAAGCACAAAAUGGGUUUUGACAGUAUGUGAAUCAAAUAAGCCUGCUCCCAGUGCAUGUAGACAUCGGAGCCCACAACCCACAGCUUCUUUUGUACUGCACUACUAAUUCACUGGCGUUGUCUUUUUUGAUAAGUAGAGAAAGUA